UCUCAAAGUGAAUCAUUUCGAUAUCGUUUGACACUAUUUUAGGAAUUCCGCUCCAUAAGCACUAGGUUUCACUACAUUCGCCAGAUAGUAUUGAAUCUUUGGCGGGCCUGUUCGAACCUGCCGCGCGCUUAGCUCGCGUUUAUCCGCCAGUAAUGUCCCAUGUGUUUUUGUUGCCGAGGCAUACCUAGAAAGUUUUGUGUGUGAAAACACCAUUCUACGGAGGGCUUCUCAGUGAUUAGUGCUUAUUGCAGUUAGAUCUGUAACGUCGAUUGAUGCUAAUUGAAAGCGGUUUAAAUACUAAUAUGGCCGCUAAAAAAAUUACCUUUGUGACAGGCAAUAAGAAUAAAUUGCAGGAAGUCAUCAAGAUUUUAGGAGUGCUUCCAGGGUACGAGUUGACAUCUACCAAAGUGGAUCUUCCUGAGUAUCAGGGCGAGAUAGAUCACAUUUCUAGGGAGAAGUGCCGUGCUGCGGCUAAGCAUGUGCAUGGCCCUGUUAUUGUAGAAGAUACAAGUCUGUGUUUCAAUGCACUCGGAGGGCUACCUGGACCUUAUAUCAAAUGGUUCUUAGAAAAACUGAUGCCCGAAGGACUUUACAAGCUGCUCGCUGGCUUCGAGGACAAAACCGCUCAAGCUGUUUGCACGCUCGCUUACUGUGAAUCUCCCAAUGCGGAGAUCCACCUUUUCCAUGGUAUUACUGAUGGUGAGAUCGUUCCUCCACGGGGCUCGAGAGAUUUCGGCUGGGAUGCUUGCUUCCAACCUAAAGGUUACGACAAGACCUAUGGCGAGUUAUCUUCAGAAGUUAAGAACACUAUUAGCCAUCGUCACCAUAGUCUAGAAAAGUUUAGAAAAUUUCUAUAUAAAGAAGGGGGCGACGUUGUGGAAUAACGAAAUACUGAAAAGUGUUAUAAACAAUACUUGUUCCUUUAUAUUCCUUAGAAAUCUUGUCUUUGAGUAAACUAAUUUACAGUACCAUAUAACAUGCGUUUUUAUUUGUAGUGCUGUUCGCAGCAUAUUCCAUCUAUAGAGUCCGGUUUGUAAUGCUAUUUUUUGCUUUGCGUAAUUUACAUCCAUUAUUUACCGGGUAGCCAGAGCUACAGUCUGAAGGGUUGUAGAAGUGCGCACUUUGGAACAUCUUAGUUGUAAUUUCUUAAUGAAAAUAAAAAUUGAAUUAUAGAAGCUUGUCGAAACUAAAUUGCCUCAAAGACGUCUUCUAGUCUUUCCCGUAAUUUUAUUUCGCCUUCAUUUUUCCGAUGUUACAUUUUCGAGGCUUCUUCUGCGUGAAAUUCCACUCGUUUUACAAAAUAGAACAAAAAAAGGAACGAAACGGGAAAAUACAUGAUUUCACUAGUAUCGAUAAUAUUUAAAUAUGUGUCAUAUUUUUCUAGUAUUUGUUUGCUACAAAACAAAAAAGGAACCAAACGGGGAAAUACAUGAUUUCGCUAGUAUCGAUAAUAUUUAGCUAUGCGUCAUACUUUUCUAGUAUUUGUUCGAUAUAAAACAAAUAUACAAAAUGUUAGUUUCGUUUAGCUAAUUAUGAAUGAGCACUCGAUGUUACGCAUGAACAGAAUUUUACAUCAUAGACUGUAUAACGAUAGAGAACCAGCAAAUACUACUGUCUGCCCUAACGUAUUCGCUGUAGGAACAACACCUAUACAAAACUAUGUGGUAACGCUUUCUUCAACCAUCAAUAAGAACAAUAAAACGUUAAAUAAUCUGCGUGUAUUAAUCGUCAAUUUAAUUAAAAAUCGGCGAAGUAAAUAACAAAUAUGCCCUUACUUUAGCAUAAAUCAAAAUUUCCCGCCAACAUUUUCCGUCCAUUAAGGCCUGGGUGGCCCAAUCGACGGAAUACAGGUCGAUUGCAGCUGUACUAUCGGGUGUGUUAAUGUCGGUGUUGCCAGUCUGGUCCUGUCACCGCCGAAAUCCCCUUAUUUACACAGCCAAGCAGCUAACAGUACUAAGAACAAUAAGGAUAGUGGUGGUCGAUAUUGAUGUCAACUAUGAGCGGUGCCGCUCUAGAGCACAAAAGCCGCUCGUGCUCGGAGCUGUAUUAGUGGAUGGCCGUGUGUGACCAACAAGGGCAGCUCCGGCAGCCUGUCCAGUAUCGUAUGCUCGCUUGCAGUUUUAUCGCCUCUUCUUUGACAACGUGACUGAGCAAGCACAGCUGCGUCUGAUGGCUCUUCUUUGUUUUUAGGCAGUGUUGUGACUAAGUCGUCCUCGGAGGCUCUGUAUUAGUAUUUUUGUUGAAUACCGAACUUUUUGCUGAACUGACU